CAUAUUCCUUCCCUCUUCUCUCUUCUCAUGAGCUGCAGUUUUAUAGUGCUGUUAUCAACAGCUCAACUUGUACAAGUUCUUGCUUUCCUUUCUCUCCUUUAUAGGGAAGUCCACUUCCAUAUGCAGACUUCCACCAUACGUUGGAUUUUGUUACGCAGCCAUGCCUCGUUUCUACUUUGACAUCAAAAGUGGGCAAUGUGAGAAGUUCAUUUAUGGUGGCUGUGGAGGCAAUGCAAAUAACUUUUUAACACGGGAUGAAUGCUUUUCGAAGUGUGGAGGGGAAUCCAGUUCUUCUUUCAUAUGCAGACUUCCACCAUACGUUGGAUUUUGUUACGCAGCCAUGCCUCGUUUCUACUUUGACAUCAAAAGUGGGCAAUGUGAGAAGUUCAUUUAUGGUGGCUGUGGAGGCAAUGCAAAUAACUUUUUGACACAGGAUGAAUGUCUUUCAAAGUGUGGAGGUUGCUGGUGAAUCGUUCUACAGAGACACAAGAGAAGACUGCUUUCAGUGAAUAACAUGUCAUUAGGUCCUAUGGAACAAAAGUGCAUCCAUCCUGACUCAGUCUCCUUUGGGAGAUAUAAUUACUGCUACUACUACUACUAGUAGUAGUCCUAACUGAAAUGACCUGCGUGGUUUUCAUUCAAACACCAUAGGUAUGUUUGCCAAUAAACCCACCUGUUUCAAAGCAUUCAUGGAUUUUUCAUUGAUUCUUCAUCUUGAAUGUUGUUAUGCCUGAACUGUAUUGUUUUCUAUAUCUGAUGAACAAAAGAAUCUUCACCACAAUUCCUAGUGUUUUGAGAAAUAUAUUAUCCAUCACAUUGAGAGGAAGGGGAGCCUAUUUAUAUAAGGAAAGAAGAAAUAGCAAGAGAUGAAAGCAAAACACAAAUGGAAGACAUUUGCUUUCAACAAAUGCAUGGACUAGUCCUAGUAGUUAUACUUUUGCACUUCUGGUCAGGCUUGUUUUCUUAUCCAACACUGUCCAUAUUUGCAUUUUCCCUGUAGCCUGCGGCAAGGUACCAUCACAGAAAGGAAAUGGCUUUCAGGACAAACUUUUAUAUUCCCAGCCAACUGUUUCUGAUGUCUCAAAUCUAAAGUGUAUCUUGGAUCCCACGUACCAAAACAAAGUACACAUUUCAUCAGAAGUAAGACUGACUAGUUUGCUCCUCUCAAUUAAAAAUAUGAGUUGCAAAUCAAUUUGUCCCAUUUUUUCCUUUCCUGUUUGUUUUAAUUCUGUCUCAAUCCACUCAUUCCUCUCUGCCAGACAAUUUACCUUCUUGCAAAAUCUCACUGUUUCCAUAUACCGUAUAUACUCGAGUAUAAGCCGGGCUGAAUAUAAGCUGAGGCACCUAAUUUUACCACAAAAACUAGGAAAACUUAUUGACUCGAGUAUAAGACGAGGGUGGGAAAUGCAUCAGCUAUGGGUCAAAUUCAAAAAUAAAAAUAGAUAUUAAUAAAAUUUAAUUAUUUGAGGCAUCCGUAGGUUAAAUGUUUUUGAAUAUUUAUGUAAAACUGUAAUUUAAGAUAACAAUAAGACUUUAAUAAGAUAAGACAGUCCAACUCUGAAUACCUUUAUAC